GUUCCUUGAGCAUACAAAAACAGGAGAAACUUUUUUUUUUCUUUAAUAUUCGAAGAUGAAAUCGCGAGGCUUUUAUAUUCACAACUCUACCCUAUCAUGCAAACUUAAUUUGGUAUACUUUAGGUUGGAAACUUCUCAUUUUUCACUUCAAGGAUUUUAUAGUGUUAGUUCGUUAUUUUCAUUAUGGAGAAAACUAAUGUUUUAAUCAAAUUCUCAGAUAGAGUUGCCACCUCAGAAAACUAUGAGCAAAUCAGAAAAUGAUAUUCGACCUUUUUUUGAUCAGAGAAAGCAAACCAAUUCCAUCACCCCCUUAAAGCUUAAAAGACAGCGAUUGAGACAAAGGAGGAGAGAAAAGAGAGCUGCAGAGCUGAUCAAUAUGAGUGAAGAAAGUGAACUCGAGAUUGAAGCUAGAGCUAUUAAACGUUCCAAGCAGUUUAACAACACAACAAGAGGAAGAUACGGUAUAUGGAGAAUUGAAUAUCAGAAUCCAAUCUCUGACUCCCUCUUGAAGCUCAUGAAAGAUCAGAUUGUAAUGGCGAAAGUAUAUGCCAGCAUAGCUCAUUCUAUGAAGAAGAUAGAUCUUUAUGAUUUACUUCUUAAACACAUUAGGGAAACUCAACAUGCCAUUGAAGAUGCAAGCAUAGAUGCUGAUAUGCAACAAGAUGCUCUCGAAUGCGCUAAAGCGAUGGGUCAUACUUUAUCUGUUGCGAAAGAUGCUCUUUAUGAUUGCGAAGUGGUGGAUCGAAAGCUUCGAGCCAUGAUUCAGUCUGCAGAAAGUAGCAUAAAUGUUGUUAAAAAGCAAAGCACAUUUUUGAUACAGAAUGCGGCGAAGACGGUUCCUAGACCACUCCAUUGUCUUCCCUUAUACUUGGCCACUGAUUACUACUUGCAUAGAUACCAUACUGAAAAACUAUCAGAUAAUAGCAAGUUCAGUGAUCCAUCGCUGUACCAUUACGCUAUAUUCUCGGAUAAUGUACUCGCAACAUCAGUGGUAGUUAACUCAACUGCAGUACAUGCAAAGGAACCCGAGAAGCAUGUCUUUCACAUAGUUACUGAUAGAUUGAAUUUUGCUGCUAUGAGAAUGUGGUUCAUCAAACAUCCUCCUUCACCUGCAACAAUAGAAGUGCAAAACAUCGAUGAAUUCAAAUGGCUCAACUCAUCUUACUGUGCAGUUCUUCGCCAGCUUGAAUCGGCAAGAAUCAAAGAAUAUUACUUUAAAGCUAAUCAUCCCUCAUCACUUUCUACUGAGAAUGAAAAUCUCAAAUAUAGGAAUCCAAAGUACUUGUCUAUGCUUAAUCAUCUUCGGUUUUAUAUGCCUGAGGUUUACCCAAAGCUUAAUAAGAUACUAUUCCUUGAUGAUGACAUAGUUGUGCAAAAGGAUUUGACUCCUAUUUGGUCUAUAGAUAUGAAAGGCAUGGUAAAUGGCGCAGUGGAGACCUGCAAAGAGAGCUUUCAUAGAUUUGAUACCUACUUGAAUUUUUCAAGCCCAAUAAUUUCAAAUCAUUUCAACCCACAGGCUUGCGGUUGGGCAUUUGGCAUGAACAUCUUUGACUUGGUUGAAUGGAAGAGGCGAAAUAUUACUGGAAUAUAUCACUACUGGCAAGACUUGAAUGUGGAUCGAAAACUGUGGAAGCUGGGCUCACUACCUCCGGGCUUGAUCACUUUUUACAACCUGACAUAUCCUCUUGAUCGAAGAUGGCAUGUUCUUGGUCUUGGCUACGAUCCUGCAAUCAACCCCUCAGAGAUUGAGAAUGCUGCUGUCAUUCAUUACAAUGGCAACUAUAAGCCUUGGCUGGAUCUUGCAAUCAUCAAGUAUAAGAUGUAUUGGUCCAAGUUUGUGAAUUAUAAUGACCCCUACGUACAGUUCUGCUCCAUCGCUCAAUGACCUCAACUAGAGGAAAAACACUAUGGUUU